AUGUGGACCAACGGCGAGGAUGUGGAUGACAAUAAUGGAGACCCCGUACGGUUGUAUCAGCCCAUUCUGUAUGCUUCGGGACGCAAGUUUUCGCAAGAAGACCCCACAGUCUCCUACAUUGGUGGAACCAACAAGAACAUGGAGUCAGGCUACUGUGCCAUUUGCCACAAUCCCUUGGAGCAACUGGUUCAACUGCAUGUCCCUACCCGUCAGCAGAGCUACUCUGUAUCAGGAUGCAACCGAGCUUCUUGUGUCAAUCAGCUUUUUUCGGCCGAGAAAAAGUUUUCGUGUGGAGGCGGAGGCGUUUUCUAUUGUCAAAAAUCAGAUUCCACUUCUACCGGUAAUUCAGAUAUCCCUUUGAAUUCUUCGGCGGGUGCUGUGGAUGAGUCUGAUAAAACACAGCAGCAACCAACAACCACAAAGAAACAACCACAAGACAGCACCAAUGAAUGGGCAGUGGAUAGUGACGAGGACAAUGACGAUGACCUAGAACAACAAGUGGCUGCCAUGGAACUCAAGCAAUCCAGCACUCUGCCAAAAACAACCAACAGCAAAAGCAGCAACCAUAAAAAGAAAAAGAAACCAACGGCAGGUGAUGAAGCAUCAUCAUCAACUGCUUUGCCCUGUUUUGAGCUUCACUCUGUUUUGGAACCACCGUCCAAGAAACAGCACCGUCAAGGCGAUGAUGACGACGACGACGAGGAUUUCAUUGGCACGGCUACCAGUGGCAGCGAUGCCAAAAUCCAGCAAAUGCUGGCCAAAUACAUGGCCGAAGAAGAGGAUCCAGAAAUUUUGGCGGCCCUUCAACAAGAAGGAGACCCGGGCGGCGGCACAGGAAGCAAGAGCCGCGAAAAGGACGAACGACUCAAAGCCGCCGAUCGAGCCUUGUUGGCAUUUACCGAUCGCAUCAAGCGGUCGCCACGACAGGUACUCCGGUAUGCUCCCAAUGGAAUCCCCAUGUGGUCCAU